AUGAUUUUCUUUUUAUUCGUGUCUUUUAUUCUUCUCUUUUUCUGCUUUUUUUUUCUUUUUUGUCUUCUUUUCUUUUUUCUUCUUUUCUUUCUACUCCUUUUCUAUUUCUUCCUUCUAUUUUCUUUCUUUUUCUUAACUUUUCUUCUUUUUUUCAUUUUAUCUUCUUCUUUUCCUCGUAUUUUUCUUCACUUUUUUCUCAUUUUCUUUUGGUUUUUUCUUCGUCUUUCUGUUUGCUUCUCUUCUUCUUUCUUUUUCAUCUUUAAAGAAUCGAAAAGAGAACGUGCAAAAAAAAAGAGAGAAAAAAAUAAUCUUUUUCGUCUCUUUUUCGACCUUUCUUUUUUCUUCUUCUUCUCUUUUUGUUCUUCAUUUUUCUCUUCACUUUUUCUUCUUUUCUUCUCUUUUUUCUUCAUUUAUUUCUCUUUUUCCUUUUUCUUCUUUCUUUAUUCUUAUUCUUUUUUUUUCCGUUUUUGUUUCACUUUUUAA